AUGGAUGAGGACCAGAACGUGCACAUUCAGAGGAUUGGAAUCGACCUUCCAGUCGACGAAAACGCAACGAGCGUUGAAUUUCAUCUGUCCAGGGUAAAGUAUAUCGAAAACCUGGAUAAAUGUGGCAAGUUGAAGAAGCUAUCGCUGGUGUCAAACCUGAUUCAAAAAAUAGAACACCUGGAGCACAACAACAGCCUCGAGCACCUGGAUUUGUACCAAAACAAGAUCCAGGUGAUUGAAAACUUGGAGAAUCUCACGAAUCUGAAGGUUCUGGACCUCUCGUUCAACGAAAUCGUGAAGAUUGAAAACCUGGAAUCCUUGGUUAACCUCGAGGAGCUGUAUCUGAGCAACAAUAAGAUUUCAGAGGUGACUAAUCUCUCACAUUUGCGGAAUCUGACGCUUCUGGAGCUGGGAUCCAACAAGAUCAAAGCCUAUGGAGACGUGGAAAGGCUGAGGACGUUGACGGCACUGUGGCUGGGAAAAAACAAAUUAACCACCAUGAGUUUGCCAGAUUUGCCGAAUUUGGAAAGGUGUAGCAUACAAAACAACAGGGUCAAAGAGUGGGACGAGUGUGUAGUCAAAAACCUCCCGAAACUGACUGAAUUCUACCUCAGUUAUAACAAGCUGACUGAGAUCCCGUCUUUCAUAACAUCCAUGUCCAACUUGGUCAUUCUUGACCUGGGAAACAACAAAAUAUCAAAGAUACACCACCUCGCUGAAAAUUCAACCUUGGAGGAGCUAUGGCUAAAUGAUAAUGACAUUGAGGACGAAAGUGACGUGAGGGUGUUGACCGCCCUGAAGGGCCUAAAUGUGCUUUAUUUGGAAAGGAAUCCCAUUCAGUACAAGCUGGGCCCUAGUUAUCGCAACAGAAUCCUUGACAUACUUCCAAGUAAAUGCACACAUCCUUUAUUUUAUUUUAGAUUUAAAGCAGCUGGACGCUUUAACCACACAAAACAGAGUUUAUUGACUCAAUUAAUGUAUACUAUUGUUUAA